CGAUUGCAUCCCAUCGUGUGCGAUACGAUCCGAGUGUGCCGUGUGCGCUCCACCCAAUUUUUGUGUUAUGUGGAGAGAGUCCCCCCUCCCCGUAGGGGUAGUAGCAGUAGUAGGCGAAGACGCAAACCGUUCGUGUUGUUAGGAAACAGGCUGCGGGCGGCGACGGGGAAUCAAUAUGUGAGAAGAAGAAAACUGUUUUUUUUCGGAUUCGGGAAGAAGCUCGACGCGAGCAGUGAAUUGAAGCUUUAAUGAGUUUCCGUUAGUGUUGUUAGAAUUUUUAAGUGUUACGCAUCGUUACAGUUAAAGGUUGUUCCACGUGGUUUUUCGUUCUCAGGAAAACUGGAUUCUUUGUAACAGUGUUGGGUAAUCGAAACCUAGCAGGGGGUGUGCAGUGUGCAGGCGACGCAGUUGGCCCUGCCGUCGUGUGGUGAUUUUUUUUUGCCUUUGCGGCUACUAUUCUUGCCAACAACGUUCCGUUCAAGAGUGAGAAAAGAGGAAGAAAAAGACACCGUGUGGUUUAUGACACGUACACUUGUCACUUGUGAGUUAAGUGCGGAAUUUAGCCAGUGUUUGUCGAAAAUUGCAGGCAGGAUACUGACUACUGGAAGCGUCCAUAUUUAGAAAAUUGGAUAACAGUUCGGGAGCUGUCAAAAGAAAGUAUGCAGUGACAUGUUCGUACUUUUUGUUUGUUAGCGAGAGGCUACGUGUAGUGUAGAGUGUGUCAUAUACUUUUACGUUGUUGGAGGUUAACAGCAACGCCAUAUAGGGUUACUAAUGUGGUUGCUUGGCGAAGCAGUGAGAAUCCAAAGAAAGAAAAACUAAGUAUCUGUUUCAGUGUCUGCGAGUUGUUGCCUAGUUUGAUUUAGAGUGCAAUACGUGUUGUCUUGUUUCUAAUUGAUUGAAAUUGACAGUAGUUUUUCGAUGUUGUCUGUAGUCUGUUGUGUGUCUCUGUGAUCGAAUGUUGAAUGAUUAAGCGUGCCACAAUCGGAAAGUUUUUUCGCACUUGCCUACGCAGUAACAAAUCGAAACCUGUCCGGACAGAAGACGGAACCCGCAGCACUUAAACAAACACACAUACGUACACAUCCGCUCCAACCAACGAGAGCCAUAUCCAGAUUCGCUUACGGAUUGCGUUUUAUGGAAAUCAUGAAAACGAAUGUCCCCGGAGCGACAUCUUGCUGCCCGGAACGAUAGUGAUGGUAACAGCAGCGGUGGUGGUGGUGCUGGAACAGUAAUCGGUGGGCACAUUACAGUGGAAUCCUUGUCAGUUCCUGGUUCGAAUUCAGGCCAGUUAGACGCACUGUCGUCUGUCGGCUCCAGUAUGGUGCUUUCGACGAUCCCGUUGGAAGCCAAUCAGCUCAUCCUGCAGCAACAUUUGGCGCAUCAGCAUCAACAAUCGCAGCAGCAGCAGCAGCAACAACAACAUCACAUCAUCACCUCUGGCAACGGCUCCAACCAGAGCAACACCAACAGCAGCGGUAGUGCAAUCAGUGCUGCCAGUAGUGUCGGCAGCAACCAUAGCAUAAUCAUCAACAACAACACUAGUUUUAAAAACCACAACAAUAUCAUAAUCAGUAGCAGCAACGGCGGUAACGGCAGUAACAGCAACAGCAGCAGCAACAAUCACACCUACACCAUUAAUCUAAGCGCUAGCCAUAACGGCCACGCGGUACUCGCGAACGGCACCGGCAGUAUCCCGAUCCAUAGUUACGCACAGCCUUCGGUCACUGGUGCCACAUCCGUAAACGGUAGCCAUAGCAGUCAUCACCUGGGGCAAGCGUUCCACCAUCAGCUGCUGCAUCCUGCCCCGAACCCGGCUCCCAGUGCAACGCUCAUCAGCGCCAGCAGCAUGGCAACAGCCCAUAGCAACGGUCUAACGUCGUCGUCGUCGUCCGCGUCGGCGACGACAACGGUGGUGGCGCCAACCCCGCAGACGUCCCAGCCUACGGCGGCAUCCAUGCCGUCCAAGCUGGUGCUGCUGCAGCAAGGACAUCUCGGCGAGAAUUAUAUAACGACCACCGACGGCAUGAACGGCGUCGGCAACAUCGUCCUGCUAGCGACGGAACAGAUGGACAUGACUAGUGCCGAGCACGAUCUGCUGAACAACAACGUGAUCAUUACCAGCACCAGCACCGGCAACGGCACCGGUGGCGGACAUGGCAGCAGCACCGGCGGUGGCCACAUCAUCGGUCACAGUUUCGGCGGAAGCAAUCACAGCCAUCACCAUCAUCCCCUGCGGAAUGGCACCACGACGGUGCUGGCGACCAGCAGCGGUGGGGUGGUGGUCAAUGCGGACGAGGAACUGACGCCGCUCACGUGGCUGCACGACAAGAAUCUGCUCAAAGGCAUCAACCUAUCCAAGGUACCGGUAUCUUCGCCGGAUAGCCCCAGCCGCCAGGUUGGCGGUCACCUUUCUCCGACCAGUGAUUUCGUCGAAGACUCCAGCGUUUCGGAGGACAACACGUCCUCCGCUAACUCGUCCUCGGAUCAGAGCAUAGGCGUCUACUGUACGGAAACAAUCCACCCCAGUGGACGGCCAGCGCCUGCAGCGACCGCUUCCAGUCACCACCACACGUUCCAGCUGGGCAGCGGCAGUCAGCGGACCAUUACCACCCUCAGUGGAGAGACCAUUGUCGAAUACCCGAUAAACAGCAGCGAAGAGAAAGAGCUGAAAUCACCGUCGUCGACGGUUUCCUGUGCGUCAUCUUCUUCGCCACCGUCGUCCAGUUCGUCGCUGUACAACUCGUCACCUUCGCCGGCCAGUUCGUCCGGACAGGCUGCCGCCCCUCCGGCGGCACACAGUGGAAGCAACAGCGGCAGCAGUACGCCCCAUCAGCACUUCCACAAGAAGUACCUCCGGGAGGAGCACGUGAAGCAGCUCAAACAGGUUAGCAGCUCGUACGUUACCCCGGUCAAGCAGCAGCCAAGUGCAAUCAAAUACGAGGAAGGGGAAAUCGUCGACGAUCGUCCAUAUCCUCCGGCACCGGUUAAAAACGGCUACCAGAUGGCCGCCUCACCGACGCACGGCAGCAGCGAUGAAUACAGCGGCACCUACGGGACGCUCAGCAGCAUGAAACCUCCAUCGUCUCCGCCACUUUCGCCGCAGCACAUGAACGGCAGUGGCAGCAUCGUCGGCAUUCAUCCGCUGGUGCCGCCACCAUCGCUGUCCUCGCCGCAACCACCGUCCAACAAUAGCAUGGGCAGCGGUCAGCAUUCACCCGCGAAACUGUCCCCUCCGAAGGCUAAACAUCCGACCAACGUGCCAUACGAUCCGCAUGUUCACGUCCACAGUAAGCCGCCGUUCAGUUUUAGUUCACUGAUUUUUAUGGCGAUCGAAAACUGCCAGCAGAAGGCGCUUCCGGUGAAGGAAAUCUACGCCUGGAUCGUGCACCACUUUCCGUACUUCAAAACGGCACCGACCGGCUGGAAGAACAGCGUGCGGCACAACCUGUCACUGAACAAGUGUUUCCAGAAGGUGGAAAAAGCGGCGGACUCAUCUUUGCAGAAUCUGGGAAAGGGUUCCCUGUGGAUGGUGGAGCCCCAGUAUCGACCCAAUCUGAUUCAGGCUCUAUCGCGAUCGCCCUUCCAUUCGGGUUCGGGAAUCGAUAAAACAACCUACAAAGCAAUGCAAGCACAGCAACAGCAACAGCAGCAGCAGCAGCAGCACCAACGAUCUACGGACAGUCCCACCAGUAGCGUUGGCAGCAGCUAUUCCAAGCAGGACAACUUUCCAUACCUCGCUAGUCGUUUGGCGCCCGGGGAAACGGCAAACGGAUCCCAUGGGCAUCAUGCACUGCACGGUCAGCAGCAGCACCCGGACCUGGACGGCGACGAUUUCAGCCGAUCAUCGACGCCGAUCGACUACGACGGUGAUCUGCCGCAGCCUUCUUCGCUUUCCGUCGGACCGUAUCACGUGACCUAUCAUCAGCCGCACCACCACCAUCACCAUCACCACGGUGGACCUCCGCUGCCUCCCGAAUCCGCCUUCGGCGGUGGAUCCACCACGUCCGGUGGAUGUCCCGGAUCGACCGGCGGCGGAGGGGACGCGGUUGGUCGCGACUGGAGCGCCGACACGAUCGACGACGUGAAUGCGGCAACCGCCAUGCUGGCACUGAAGCACGGACCAAAAAUCUUCACCGAAGGAUUCCAAAAUGGAACUCCACCGGUAAUUACCACUUCGCCAAGCGAAGAUCACACCUACUCGGCCGGUGGUGGCAUCCAAACAACCGGAGCGAGCGGCCGCUCGAGUCAAGUCAAUAGUGACAACAAUAGCAAUGGAACUUCGUCGGAUGCUGCCUACGAGAGUAGCGAGGAAAGCCAAAACAUGCCUGUAGCGGACGAUCUGGAGGAACAGCGCCGCCAGGCGGGCGUUGAUGCGCUGCUCAAUCUGGCCGGCAUAACCGACUACGCAUCGGCCGCAAGCACCAUCCAGCAGCACCACCACCAAUCAUCGUCCCUGAAAAGACCCGCCUCUACACCGUACGAUUCCGGUCACCAGUCGCCGUACCAGCAGGCGUCUACGGCGGUGGCGGCAGCAGCAGAGAGUACGCCUCCGUCCGGCUACAGCAGCGUGCUGGUAGCCGGUGGUGGUCAAGCGGCGACGACGGCUCAGCAGCCAUCGUUCCGCAGCAACUACUACAUGCCCGACGAUCUGAGCCAGUAUUCAUCGCCAUCGCCGCCGAAGAAGAGCAAACCGUCGUCGGCUCGGAUGCUGAAAAAGUUCAAGAAGAAGGCCUCCUGGGUGCGGUAAUAUAGUGCCGAAAGUCGACGCACCGGUGGCGCCGGCGCCGGUGUCGGUGACGGUCGGGGGUCGCGGGGGGUUGCCGCUACUGGUACCGAACAGUAACCGGGGGUUUGUUUUGUCCGGUAAAGCAAGCUUGUUUUGGGAGGUUCCGCUGCACAGGUUUUUCAGAAAAAAUAAUUUUUUUUUUGAUUUUGCACAUCCAAGGAGGCUUGUUUCGGCGUCUAUGCAUUUGACGUUUGACUCGAAAGGCGUUCAUUUUGUGAAACGUGUUUUUCUCAAGUGAUUACAAGUGCAACUCUUAUCGGCUAUUUUGAGUUUUUUUUUGUAAAAACUUGCCAUGCUUAGUUUGGACAAUUUCAGGUCGAAGUUUCUUUGCUUUGCUUUUGCUUUUUUUUGUAUUAACGAGGCUUUAACCGUUAUGGUCAUUCGCCUCGGUAUGGUAAUUAAAUUUCCUCUUCUAGUCCUAUAGCCGUAAUGAAUUUCAAAACCUUUUCCUCUCUUUCCUCACCAUAGUUUAAUAUCUCGCAGAGGUUAUCUUCAAGGCCUAUAUUUUUCGUACAUGACUCGAGUUUUUGGCAAUCCACUAAAAUAUGUUGGACUGAUAGUGACGCAGCUGGCGGAAUCCGUGAAUAAGACUGCCUUGUCCCCAAUUCAAACGGACUCUAAAGCCACACAAAUUGCUUUGGCCUCAGCGGGAAAAAUGGAGCAACCGGUGGGUAAUUUAGCGCAUUUUUUCUGACCGUCACUAUCCAAAAAGCCGUCUGUGAAGAUUUUGUUGUGGUUCUUAUAUUUUGUUUUGUACCAAUUCGUUAAUAAGGGAUCUGGUUUUGUUAGGGGGGUCACCUAGUUUGAAUUUACUUUUGAUAGACAGGUCUAUUGGAGUAUCUGAUACUGAGUGUCAGUACUUUCUUGUGGGUAGAGGAAAAUGCUCGACCGGAGGGAGAGUCAGCUCUGUGAAGUUCUCUUCCAGUUUGGACGAUUUGGAAAUUAAUUUAAUGCAUGCGGAGGAGUUCAAAGGUCAGCUCACCUGAUUCAGCAUAGAGGGACGCUGUUGUAGAUCGAUUCCAUCCGCUUCUUUGGCAUGUAGGGGUUUCAGAAAGAAGGAAUGUUUUCUAUGGUGUACUGAGACCUUCGCCACUUCGAAGGCAAGUGACAAUUGUCGUUUUGAGUCACGUGACUCACAGAAUAAGGGUGAAUGAUCUCUCUCGAUGUUACGGCCUUAUUCCCGAGCGUCCCUGUGAAAGAGUCGAUAAACAUCUUGGAAGAUUGCUUAUUGAAACAACAUUGGGGAUAACGCAUGGGGGAAAAAGGUAGGAGCUGGCUUCCCAAGUGACAAUUCAUGUUUUAUUACAGUCCUAUGAUGGGGUUUAUGACCAAAAUUGGCCAUGAAAACGGCAAUAAGUGUGCAAUAACACUUGGGUUGAAGCUGAAGGUUGUGUAUGGAGGCGAACUAUUUCACAUUCAGGGGAAGAAACUACUACGAACAGUUGAAUGGUGCACCAAUGGGCAACCCACUAUCUCCAUUUCUCUACGAACUGUUUAUGGCUAACCUAGAGAGUACGAAGGAACUAAACCAGUUACUCAAGAGAAGAUGGUGGCUAUACGUCGACGACAUUUUCGGCAUAACCGAAAAGAAGAACUGGCACAAGAACCAGUUGGCACAAGAACCGGUGCAAGCUGGAUUCGCCGAAGGAAGGAUGUUGGCGUUCCAACCCGAUUAUAUGUCUUCGCCGGAAAAAUGAUCGUUUUACAACUCCCGAUCUGAAUGCAUGUUGACGGCGAACAAGGUGGUUUCCAGUCUAAAAAAGUGUGGUUAGUCUUCGGUUUUCGGUCGGCCUUUCCAGCUUCGGUAUCCAGCUGGAUCCAUAUGUGUCUUCAGAAGUGGUAUUCAAGGCUGUUGCUUCCAACCUUCCAGGAGCGUUCUUCCUGUCGAUUUGCAUUCCUUCGGAUACCCCUCCUUAUUAAGUCGUUACAUUCUGCAGAUUUUCCCUUAGCUUCGUAGUGGGCGAAGCUAAACUCGGCCAUAGGAAAAGGAGUAUUAAUGUGUUCAUUCUGCCCAGUAUUCGAGAUCCACUGGUUCUUGGUUCACUUUGAAGAGUCCUGUGCUGCCAGCCAGUCGUAUGGCGGCCAAAACAGCCUUGGUGAAUAACCAGUUUAUAGCCUUGCUGCCUAAGUUUAGGUUCGGGGAUGCCCACUUUCGGGAUCACUUAGUAAUGGUUAACGUUCCUGACCAGUUUUGGUAGCACUUGUUCGCUGACCGCCGCGGCAUGUCGAUAGUAGACUUGGAGUUUUCCCGGAAGAAGAUGGAAGAACUGCCUCGUUCCUUCUGUCGAACACUUUUAACUUCACUGUUUGAUUACUGGUUGAAAUUGAAUUCAGCUCGGCUGAAUUAGCACUGAGAUGGUUCGAAUUAUUCAACCAAUCUUGAUUUCCGCCGGAGAUUUUUCGUCCCGAGUCCCGAGAUUACCUAUAUGUCUUUUACUAAUUGUUGCAAUGACACUGCUAUCAAAAUGUUUUUCGAAGUUAAAUUUUCACACAAUUGGUAUACCGAGAACCAACCGAACAACCGCUACCAGUUCGGUUGGUGAUCGUUUCCCCAGUAGUGCCGGUUUUUUGAAAAAGGGUUAAUGGUUAAAAUGGAUUGGAUGACAUUGGGACUUGAUUUGGAACUCGGUUUGAACCUGAAUCGGGACUUGAUUUAAGGCCUGGUUUGGUAAAUGAUUUGGGACAUGCUUUGGCCCUGAUUUGAGGCUUGAUUUGGAACUGGAGCUGAGCUAUAGUUCAAUAGAAAUGAAAUUUGGGGCUUAUUUUGGCUCUAGUUUGGGACUCGGUAUAGGAAUAGUUUUUGCACUUCAUUUGAGAUCUGGUUUGGGACAUGAUUGGCGACAGGAUUUUGAAGCUGAUUUGGAACAACUUCUGGGUCUUGGUUUUGGGACAUGAUUUGGGACAUAUUUUGGACCUUAUUAUGGGCUUUGUUUGUAUCUAAAUUUGAGACUUGUUUCGGAUCUAGUGUGGGACUUGGGACAUGCUUUUAAAUCCGAUAUGAGAUUCGCUUGACUUGGUACUCAUUUUGGUCUUGAUUUGGGACACGUUUUGCACCUGAUUUGAGGCUUGAUUUGGGAUUGGAGCUGAGUCCUAGUUUAAGAGCUGAUUUGGGACUCGCUAUGGGACUAGUUUUUGGACUUCAUUUGAGACCUACUUUUGGGACUUGAUUUGGGACAUGUUUUGGACCUUAUUAUGGACAUUGUUUGUAUCUAAAUUUGGGACUUGUUUCGGAUCUAGUUUGGGACUUGGGAGCUGGUUUUAAAUCUGAUAUUAGACUCGCUUGACAUGGAACUCGUUUUGGUCUUGAUUUGGGACAUGUUUUGGCCCUGAUUUGAGGCUUGAUUUGGAACUGGAGCGGAGCUAUUGUUUAAGAAAUGAUUUGAGGCUUAUUUUGGCUCUAAGUUGGGACUCGGUAUAGGAAUAGUUUUUGGACUUCGUCUUGGUUUUGGGACAUGAUUUGGGACAUGUUGUGGACCUGAUUUGAGGCUUAAUUUGGAACUGGAACCUAGUUUAAGAGCUGAUUUGGGACUCGGUGUGGGACUAGUUUUUGGACUUAAUUUGGCAUAAUUUGAGACCUGGUUUUGGGACAUGAUUUGGACAUUAUUAUGCACUUUGUUUGUAUCUAAAUUUCUGACUUGUUUCAGCUCUAGUUUGAGACUUGGGCCCUGGUUUUAAAUCUGAUAUGAGUCUCGCUUGACUUGGGACUCGUUUUGGUCUUGUUUUGGGACAUGUUUUGGUCCUGAUUUGAGGCUUGAUUUGGAACUGGAGCUGAGUCAUUGUUUAAGAAAUGAUUUGGGGCUUAUUCUGGCUCUAAGUUGGGACUCGGUAUAGGAAUAGGUUUUGGACUUUAUUUGAAAUCUGCUUUGGGACAUGAUUGGGGACAGGAUUUUGAAGCUGAUUUUUGACAACUUGGGUCUUGGUUUUGGGACAUGUUUUGGACCUUAUUGUGGACUUGAUUUGUACCUAAAUUUGCGACUUGUUUCGGAUCUAGUUUGGGAUUUCGGACCUGGUUUUAACCCAAGUAGCAAUUUGAGUUUUAUUCCACUCUUAUUGCAGUUUUCAUGACCAAUUUUGGUCACCAGAACUGUCAUAAGUUUGUAAUAAAACCAGGAUUGUUGCUUGGGAAAUCCGAUAUGAGACUCGCUUGACUUGGGACCUGUGUUGGGACUCGUUUUGCACCUGAUUUGAGGCUUGAUUUGGAACUGGAGCUGAGACCUAGUUUAAGAGCUGAUUUGGGACUCGGUAUGGGACUAGAUUUUGGACUUAAUGUGAGACCUGGUUUGGGACAUGAUUUGGGAUAUGUUUUGGACCUUAUUAUGGACUUUGUAUCUAAAUUUGGAACUUGUUUCGGAUCUAGUUUGGGACUUGGGACCUGUUUUUAAACCCGAUAUGAGACUUAAUUGACUUGGGAUCUGAUUUGGGACAUGUUUUGAAGCUAACGUGACCCUUAAUUUGAGACCUGAUUUGGGGCUUGAUUUGGGACUUGAUUUAAGGCCUGGUUUGGAACAUGAUUUGGGAUUGGUUUGGUCCUGAUUUGAGACACGUUUUGCACCUGCUUUGAGGCUUGAUUUGGAACUGGAACCGAAACCUAGUUUAAGAACUGAUUUGGGACCCGGUAUGGGACUAGUUUUUGGACUUUAUUUGAGACCUGGUUUUGGGACUAGAUUUGGAACAUGUUUUGGACCUUAUUAUGGACUUUGUUUGUAUCUAAAUUUGGGACUUAUUUCGGAUCUAGUUUGGGACUUGGGACCUGCUUUUAAAUCCGAUAUGAGACUCGCUUGACUUGAUACUCAUUUUGGUCUUGAUUUGGGACACGUUUUGCACCUGAUUUGAGGCUCAAUUUGGAAUUGGAGUUGAGUCCUAGUUUUAGAGCUGAUUUGGGACUCGGUAUGGGACUAGUUUUUGGACUUCAUUUGAGACCUGGUUUGGGACAUGAUUUGAGACUUAGUUUUGGGACAUGAUUUGGGACAUGUUUUGGACCUUAUUAUGGACUUGAUUUGUACCUAAAUUUGCGACUUGUUUCGGAUCUAGUUUGGUACUUGAGACCUGGUUUUAACCGAAGUAACAAUUUGAGUUUUAUUCCACUCUUAUUGCAGUUUUCAUGACCAAUUUUGAUCACCAGAACCAUCACAAGUUUGUAAUAAAACCAGGAUUGUUACUUGGGAAAUCUGAUAUGAGACUCGGUUGGCUUAGGCCCUGUUUUGGGACUCGUUUUGGCCCUGAUUUGAGUCUUGAUUUGGAACUGGAGCUGAGACCUAGUUUAAGAGCUGAUUUGGGAUCCGGUAUUGGAUUAGUUUUUGGACUUCAUUUGAGACUUGGAUUUGGGACAUGAUUUGUGACUUGGUUUUGGGACUUGAAGCGGGACAUGAUUUAGACCUUAUUAUGGACUUUAUUUGUAUCAAAAUUUGCGACUUGUUUCGAAUCUAGUUUGGGACUUGGGACCUGGUUUUAAAUCUGAUAUGAGACUCGCUUGACUUGGGACCUGAUUUGGGACGUGUUUUGAAGCUAACGUGAGCCUUAGUUUGAGACCUGAUUUGGAGCUUGAUUUGAGACUUGAUUUAAGGCCUGGUUUGGAACAUGAUUUGGGACUCGUUUUGGGCCUGAUUUGGGACAUGUUUUGCACCUGAUUUGAGGCUUGAUUUGGAACUGGAACUGAGACCUAGUUUAACAAAUGAUUUGGGGCUUGUUUAGGCUAUCUUUUGGGACUUAAUUUUGGACUUCAUUAGUGAUCUGUGAAUGCGUUCUUUUCCUUCUGGUUUUUCUUUGCUGGCGUAAUGAAACCAGACUCUUUCAAACCAUCCAAUUUAGCCUCAAUCUUUUCUAUGGAUAUGAAUGAAACGGAACGUCUCGGUUCGAAGACAGGUCUGGCGUCUGGCUUGAGAUAUAGGCGAAUCUUCAUCUUCUUACAGUAUCUAAGUCUAGGGGCUUGAACACAUUAGGUUGAUCAGCACCACCAUAGACUUAGCUCUGAUUUGGGACUCGAACUUGGUUUGGGACAUGAUUUGAUUUGACCUUGUUUAGGAUAUGAUUUGGGACAAGUUUUGGAUAUGAUUUGGGCCUUGAUUUGGGACUGCAUUCGAGCCUUGGUCUAGGACAUGAUUUGAGAUUUGGGUCUUGGUUUGGGACAUGAUUUGGGACUUUGCCUUUGGAUUCGUUUUUGAGACUUGAUCUAAGAUCUAGUUUUGGACUUGGUUUGGGACAUGUUUUGGACCUUAUUAUGGACUUGAUAUGUAUCUAAAUUUGGGACUGUCUCGGACUUGCUUGACUUGGGACUUGUUUUGAGAAUCGUUUUGUUCCUGAUUUGGGACAUGUUUUGAAGCAUACAUGAGACUUGAUUUGAGACAUGAUUUUGGACUUGAUUUAAGGCCUGGUUUGGAACAUGAUUUGAGACUCGUUUGAUCCUGAUUUGGGAUAUGUUUUGCACCUGAUUUGAGGCUUGAUUUGGAACUGGAGCUGAGACCUGGUUUAAGAAAUGAUUUGGGGCUAGUUUAGGCUCUUAUUUGGGACUUAUUUGUGAAUUUCAUCAGGGAUCCGUGAAUGCGUUCUUUUCCUUCUGGUUUUUCUUUACUGGCGUAAUGAUACCCGAUUCUUUCAAAUGACCAGCGGCUUGAACACAUUAGCUUGAUCAGCACACCACAAUAGACUUGGCUCUGAUUUGGGACUCGGACUCGGUUUGGGACAUGAUUUGAUUUGACCUAGGACAAGUUUUGGAUAUAGUUUGGGCCGUAAUGUAGGACUGCAUUCGAGCUCUAGUCUAGCACAUGAUUUGAGAUCUGGGGUGACAUUGCGCAUCUCGUUUCGAGCGAUAUUGGUUCGUUUCGACCACGUUAAACAAAUGGGCGUCUCGAACCAAAAUCACUCGAAACGAGAAUCGCAAUGUCACCCCUGAUUUGGGUCUUGGUUUGGGACAUGAUUUGGGACUCAUUUUUGCCUUAUUUAAGACCUGGCUUGGGAGCGAUUGCUGCUUUUCAACUAGUCGAUUGUCCUGCUUGAAGUUCAGUAACGUUUUACAAUCUUCCACUACUUUUUCCGGGGAGAUGUCUUCUAUCUUGUUCAGUUCGUUUAUCAACCUCAUUGGCAUGUCUGAGUCUCGGGGUAAUUUCUAUUCUAACCGACAUUAAAUGACAUUAAAUGUUUGAACUACAUUGAACUUUGAACUAUGCUUCUGAUAAGUCUAGCAAUGUUAAUUCCACACACGCUUAAUUUACUUUGCACGAAUUGUCCAAAGGCACAAAUAACGGCGUUGAAAAACAAAAACUGGAGAUCCACUAAGUCUGUUUUGGCGCUGAUGACGCCCGGAUAAAAUUAGCAGUGGAAAGGCGCUCACAAAAGCUAAGGCGCUCAUAAAAGGCGCUUUAGUCACUCACGGGUAGGUGCCCAUCAAAGGAGGCAUGUUUCACGGACUCUUUUUUAUGUGACGUCUGACGGAGCAUUGUUUUCAUUUGGUGAAAAGUGUUUUUUGUUUUCAAAUGGUUAUUUUCAAUCGGCAUUUGUCGUUUUUUUAAUUGCCCUGCUUGCUUGAAGUACAUAUUUGCAAAAUGAAAAGGACAUUUGAAGCUUUAGACUUCACACUUUCAACUGGCACUUGCACCGAUUCAUCAUCCUUUUGGGUUUCUUCAACAAUAUCCUCCACAAGUUCUGAAACUGGAAACGCAAACUAUUGUAGACGAAAGUUAAAAAUCAAAAGUCAAAAGCACUGAACUAAAAAUGCAAAGCAGAUUAAUUGACCAUCAAAUUUGGGAAGCUAUAACAAGUGCAAGUUUUGCUGACUAUUUUUGUGCUUUUUGCUGUAUUUAGUUUGCAUAGGUGUUUACUUGCAGGUAAAUCGUGGAUUUCAUAGAAAAACAAAAAUAGAAUUCAUAGAAAAAUUUGGAACAAUCUAUCGACAUAUUUUCGGACAAUUUUAUUCUAACCUCUACGCAUUUGAUUUGCUCUGAAACGAGAAAAGUUUUCCUAACAUUCAGUUAAGUAAUGUGUAUUUUCUCUACAAACGGAUUCAUAUUUAAAUUAUUUGCCGAGUUCAGCAUGUUGGUGGACUUUUUGCUAGUUAUAAUUAAAUCUGUCAAGCGUGAAAAACGUUUGGCAAGAAGUGGUAGCAAAAAGUGGAAUUGGAAAUGUUCCCAUAUUGUUUCAAACUUCUCUUUAGUGGUUCGACCUGUGCACAGCCGGAAAACCUCCCCCCGUUCGAAUGCCAGUAAGCGUACCAGCGCAGCCAACUGCGCCGCAACCCAUUUAGUCCCUUCUUCCCUUAAAAAAAAUACGACACCCCCUAACUUUAAUCCUGCUGUAGUUUGUAAAACGAAGCAAAACAAAACCAGAACAGUGUGCAGGGAGACAAAGAAGAAACGUAAAUUUCCGCCUGUAAGAAACAAAAAAAAAACAAAAAACGGAAAUUCAUUACCAAUUAAUUACAGAGAGAGAGAGUGGAGCCUUGGUUUAGAUAUUCAUUUUUAGUCCUAAGCCUAUGUAUGUAUGUAUGUAUACAGACAGUAGAGAAAGUAUUUCAAAAAAAGUUACAAGGAAAAAUUUGGCGCUAAAAUUCCAACAGAAAACUUUACGUUGUUGAGCGCGCGCCAGUGUUGAAGGCGAAAAAUGAAAAACGAAAAAAAAACAUAUUUAAUUUACACUUCAAACGAACCAAAAUUGCAUUUUUUUUCUGUUGAAAAAGUUAUUAUUUAUUUAAGCCGUUAGUUAUAAAGACAACAAACAAAAACAAAACAAAAAAAAGAAAAGAACAACAGAAAACAGUAAAUAGAGCUAUUAUUAUAGAGUGUUUGUUUCUAAUUCUAGUACUCGAGAGUGUGGAUUACGAGUCCCUUUGUUUAGUUUAGCUGUUAGACUAUCACGAUUACCGUGGGAAAAUGAAGGAAAAGAAAUUCUUAGAAUAUUGAACUUAGUCACUCGCGCCUUUGAUUUUUACUAGAAACUAUUAUAGGACUAUUUUUUUCUACAUGCUAACUAUUGUAAACAAAACAAAAAGCUAAAGGAUGUGGGGGUCACCUAAGUGUAGAUAAGUGAUAACACAUCGUAAAAACACACACCGACACACACAUACAGUUACAGACACACGCCGCACACUCGCGCCGUAAACGCCGCGAGUGUGGUAAAGCGCGAAGCAAGCAUGAUUUAAGUUAAAGUUUAGUGGUUAGUGGAUGCUGUACGUUAACAAUAAAUCAAACGAAGUAAACAAAAAAAAGAAAGAAACAAACAAACCAACAAACGCGUCAUGUCAUUGACGCGAAGGCCGCGCUUGCGAAAAAAAAAAUCAGAAA